AUUUAACUGCAAAAUUCAAAUAUUUGUGUACCUGAUAUCGCGUUCUACAGGUGGAAAUUUAUUUCUCAUGAAAUUCGUUUCAUUGCUCCAAGAUGGAUCAGCGAAGAACUUUAACGUUGAAGCCGAAGAGAGUUUCGACCGGUGACAGUCACAUUCCCAGGCCUCGUUUCAGAAAUUCCUCCAGCGAUCGAGCGGGAUCGACUGGCAGAAAAUCGUAUUUGAAGUCUACAGGUAUAGGUAAACCUUCUCUACAUCUAUUGGGGACUCCAGUUACACCUGCAAGAGUUUCUACUAGGCUUAAUGUGCCAAGUUCAGCGCGUUCAGAAGGACAUCAUACGGUAUUACCAAUAGGCCGUUCGCCAUCCGGCGAUCGUGCCAGCAAUGCGGGUGCUAAGGGUCCCAGAAAGGACACAAGGCCCUUGGGUGAUAAAAGUUAUCAGAUGGACUUGCUGAACAAGAUAGACAAUUUUUUUCACGUGAAUCAGCGCUCAAACAUGCUCAACAGCAAUGGCAGUCUGAAGCCAAUUACAUUGAAUAUUUUCGUAGAGGUUUCUAAUUUUCUAUUAAAGCUUCUUGACAUCAAGCAAGAUCACAACAAAAUCACAACAAAAACUUACAUAGAGGAGAUUCCGAAAUGUGCAAAGAAGCUACAUUAUCCUGGUAUGAUAAGCAAAUCGUGGUUAAAGACUGCCAAUGUACCGCAUUCAUGGCCCAAUGUCCUUGGAUGGAUUGGCUGGUUGGUAGAAGCAUGCCAAGUGAGAGAAUUCGCAUUAAACAGGUACCAAUUGGAAACUUUACCAUUCGUAGGAACAGAGCAACAAGCUCAAAGUAACAAAUUGGAGUUUAUAGCACUGUUGGAAUGCUAUAAAGCUUGGAAUGAUGAAAAACUCGACGAGGAAGCGGAAUUGCUGGAGAAAUACCGACAGGACAUAAUAAAUCAGAAAGGCAUUUCCGAGGAGGAUAUAGUCCAGGCACAAAAAGAAUUGGACGAAAAUAAUUCGAAAUUAGAGAUAAUAGAAGAGGAAUCACGGGAAAUUGACGAAAUAGUUAAACAUUUGAGUGAGAAAUUAUCGUCUUUGCGUGACAAAGAAGAAAAACAAUUAGAUAGUAUUAAGGCCACAGAAGAUUAUAUAAGAAGGAUUUCUGCUGAGACGAAUCAGUUAAAUGCAGAACGCGACGUUUUGAAUGAGCAGUUUCGAAUGGGAAAGAUACAACACAAAGAAUUAAUUUCGAUUGUAAAAGACCAACCCAUGUCUAAAUAUGAAAAAGAAAAAAUUGUCAAAGAAUGCACAGAGAUACAAAACUAUAUACAUGGAUUUGAUGAGCAUUUGACAGAUUAUCAAAAGGAACUAUACUCUUUAGAUAUCAAAUUUGCAGCUUCCAAUAAUGAUCUCAAUAAAGCAGUAUUGGCAUAUAAUAAAGAGAUUUUUAUGCAUACUGAUAACGAUAUUGAUGUGAAUUUUGAUGAAUUAAAACUCCCGGAGAAAGGAUUAUUAAAUCCACAGAUAAUAGAUAUUAUGAAAGAAAAAGUUGCUUUAAUGGAUUCUUUCAAAGAAUUAUUAGCAAAGCAAUGCAACGAAGUAGACUCUCGUAUUUGUUCUGAGACUAUAAAACUGGAGAAACUGCAAGAAGAAAUUAAAUUUUUUGUAGAUGAAGAUAAAUUAAAAGAGGAGAAAUCUUGCAUCGAUAAAAUGAAGAUAGAUAUGAAAAAUAAGAAAAUUGAAUUGACAAAACAGAUAGAAGUCCUGAAAAAUGAAAUCAAGAAAAUGCAGGAUACGAUGUCAGAUAUACAAGCAAUAGAUCUUGAAAUAGAAGAGGCCAAAGAUAAAUUAAACGCACUAACUAGAAGGCAAACAUUUUUAGAACAAUCUGCCGAAGAGUUUUUCGACAAGUUUUAUAAAAUUAUUGGUGAACAUAGAAGCGAACUUUAUGAUAUCUUAACAAGAAAAAAAUGAAAAUUGAAUCUCUAUGUAAAUAUUCUUAUAGUAAUAUGUUCAUUACUCUUCCUCAUAUUAUUUGGAAUAUAUAAUCUAUUAUAUAUGUAUUAUACCGCACAUAUUUGGUUGUAUGAUCUUAGUAAAAUGUGUUACAACUAAUAAUAAAAAGUAAUAAAACUAAUAAUAAAAGUAAAAUGAUAAUAAAUACAAAAAUGUGUCAAUUUAAACAAGGAAUUUAAUAAAUACGUUUUUCGUGGAAACUCUCUCAUAUGUCGUUAACAAAAUAAAUGCACUUUCUUAUUUAA